UGUGAAUGAAACAAAUAGAAAACACUACGUGACACAUCUGUCAUUUAAUGAUUGUUUUGACUUUUUGAACAUUUUUGUUUUUGUGUUUGCCAAUUGCCUGGAAAGUUGGACUAUGAGAUAAGCUUUCUUUUUAAGUUCAAGGUCUUAAAUUCUAAAAUGUGCUGUGAUUUCGAAGCUAUUUUACCAAUUUUAUGACCUCUAUUUACAUUUUUAAUGACAAUAUUUAGUAUCACGUGACCCUAUAUUGAAUUUUAAUUGGCCAUCGGUGAGCGUGCCCUGCGCGACGCGAGAGGCGCAAUAAUAGUUCACAAAAAUGCCGUCGGAAUCUAAGCCUUUGUUGACAGCCCAAACAGAAAAACCAAAUCAUUAUAAAUAUCUGAAGGAAUUCCGAGUAGAGCAGUGCCCGUCGUUCCUACAACACAAAUGUACACAACAUAGGCCUUUCACAUGUUUUCAUUGGCAUUUUAAUAAUCAAAGAAGACGAAGGCCCGUCCGGAAGAGGGAUGGCACGUUUAACUAUAGCGCGGAUAACUAUUGUACCAAAUAUAACGAGACAUCGGGAAUAUGCGAAGAUGGGGACGAGUGCCCUUACCUACAUCGUACAGCAGGCGACACAGAACGACGAUAUCACCUCCGUUACUAUAAAACUUGUAUGUGUGUUCACGAUACUGAUGCUAGAGGGCUAUGCACUAAGAACGGGGCUCACUGCGCCUUCGCGCACGGAGCCCCGGACCUGCGCCCUCCCGUGCUGGACAUGAGGGAACUGCAGGCGCUGGACAACCCGGACGGCACUGAUGGGGAUGUGGCCGCACCAAAUGCAUUAGAUAGGGAAAGGAAUUUAAUGAAUGAAGACCCUAAGUGGCAAGAUACGAAUUAUGUAUUAUCAUCAUAUAAAACUGAGCCCUGUAAAAGACCACCUAGGUUAUGUAGACAAGGUUAUGCCUGCCCUCAAUAUCACAAUAGUAAAGACAAGCGGCGCUCGCCGCGCAAGUACAAGUACCGCAGCACGCCGUGCCCCAACGUGAAGCACGGCGAGGAGUGGGGCGAGCCCUCCAACUGCGAGGCGGGCGACGGUUGCGGCUACUGCCACACGCGCACCGAGCAGCAGUUCCACCCCGAGAUCUACAAGAGCACCAAGUGCAACGACGUGCAGCAGGCCGGCUACUGCCCGCGCGGCCUGUUCUGCGCCUUCGCGCACGUGGAGCCCGACCCCGAGCGCGAGCCCGAGCCGCUCGCCGAGCUGCUCGGCGCGCUGCCCGCCAACGGCUCGGGCGACGGCUCCGAGUGCGCGUCCACGUCGUCGGGCGGCUCCAGCGCCGGCAAGCCGCCCGCCGCCGCCUGGCCGCCGCGCGCGCCCUUCGACGCGGCCGUGCUGCACGAGGUGGUGGGCAACGCGCUGGACGACGCGCUGGACGACCCGCUGCACCUCGUGGCGGCGCUGGACCGCGAGCUGCGCGACGACGCGCCCGCCGCCUCCGCGCCCGUUAACAUCCCCGCGCGCGCGCUGCGCCCCUUCAGCCCGCCGCCCGCCGGCUCGCCGCUGCCGCCGCUGUUCCGCUACGCGCAGCCCGGCAGCUUCGGCGGCGGCGGCUUCGACUUCGCGGCCUCGCCCGGUGGCAGCGGCGAGCUCGCGCGCCUGCGCGAGGAGGUGGCGGCGUCGCGCCUGGCGGCCGCGCGCUGGGACGAGCGCAUCGCGCAGGCGCGCUCGGCGUGCGAGGCGUGGCAGCGCGAGUCGGACGAGGCGGCGCGCGCGGCCGCGCUGGCCGAGCGGCAGCGCGACGACGCGCUGGCGCACGCGCUGCAGCUCAAGCGCGAGCUGGACGCGGCGCGCGCACCCCGCCGCGAGCUGCGCGGGCUGCCGCUGGGCGCGCUCAAGGCGCUGCAGGCGGCGGCGCGCGCCGAGCUGGAGGAGAUCGAAAAGGUGCUGUACCUGGAGACGGCCACCAAGUGCAUGGUGUGCGAGGAGCAGCCGCGCAGCGUGACGCUGGCGCCCUGCAACCACUACGUGCUGUGCGACGCGUGCGCCGCCACGGCCAGCGAGUGCCCCUACUGCCAGGCCGCGCUGCCCGGCAAGCAGCACCACCACUAGCGCGCCCCGAGGUACACUCGUAACUACACCGUUGUUGUAAACUUGUUCCCCGUAUGUCGGAAGGCCGAGCUCGCGAGAUGAGACGAGCCCCCGACGAUAGCUCUCUACCUGUUCUGGCGCAUCUUUGCGAAACAUC